GGCCGAGGCUGGGGGAGGGCUACUCUCCUCUCCCCUCCUCUACUCCAGAUAAUCCUUUACUGUUCUCUUCUCACCCCUUGGCCGACCGGUCCACCUUCAGGAUACUUCAUCUGCAGCCACACACACACUGCUACUGCGGCGACUGAGUUUCUCACUCUCUCUGUCUCACACACACACGCUGCUACUGCUGCGACUGAGUUUCUCACUCUCUCUGUCUCACACACACAGACACUCACACAGAAAGGGAUAUAGAGAAGAGAGAGAGACAGAGAAAUAGCAAGCAGCCCUUGAGAGUAGGGCCUCACACUUUUUAUUGAGGCCUGGUGACAUGAAGAACUCUACUGGGAUGCAGAACCCCACAUCAGUCUGAUUGAUGGCCCCCUCUGUGGCAGCCAUGACCCCAGAGCAGCUCCUGGGCCCGCAGGUAUGCAGUCCUGUAGGGGAAAUGAAGGUCUUGCAUGAGGAGGAACGAGGGGAGGAGUCUGACCCCUGUCCUCAGGAAGUGAUGGACUGCUAUGGCCACUCCCCCUUAAUGACUCACAGCCCCAGCACCGACAGUCUUAGCAGUGAGGAGCCCUUCUGUCGUAUCUGCCACGAGGGAGGGGGUGUCGGGGAGCUGCUCUCCCCCUGUGAGUGUGCAGGGACGCUGGCCAUGGUCCACCGAGGCUGCCUGGAACACUGGCUCACUGCCUCCAACAGCAGCCGCUGUGAACUCUGCCACCACCAGUACGCCCUGGAGAGACUGCCCAAGCCACUCACUGAGUGGCUGGGCUCACCAGCCAUGCAGCACCAGAGACGGACGCUCUGCGGUGACGUCAUCUGCUUCCUGUUCAUCACACCGCUGGCUAGCCUAUCAGGAUGGCUGUGUGUGCAGGGUGCUAUGGACCUGUAUUUCAGUAACAGUAUGGAGGCUGUUGGACUCAUGGUGCUCACCCUGGCUCUCUUCACCAUCUACUGCUUCUGGACUGUGGUGUCGCUGCGCUACCACAUCCACCUGUUCAGGACGUGGAAACAGACAGACCAGAGAGUUAGGCUACAGAUCCCCCGACCAGCACGAACCAUGCACACACACCACACACUGAACCUCAGCUUCCUUAGCAAGGACACCAGAAAGGAGACUGUGGUGUAGAUGGAGUGGAACUGGGUGUAGUGUCCACGAUACUUUGGCAAGAAGACUGUGAUGUAGCCAGAAUGGGACGGGGUCGAGUGUCACAUUUCUAGUGUCACAUUUAACAGGUCCCCAGUGUCCGGUCUGGAGGGUGAAGUCACAAGCUCUGCUGGUUGGCUACUGCAUAGCAACCUAGUGGUGCCAAAAGCCCUGGUCUGCCCUAAAAAGCCUAUGUCAACCAUCGCCAGAACGGCCAAACAUAUAUAUUUUUACGCUCGUUUUGGACUCCAAAAUUUGUUUAUUAUGAUCAAGUUCAAACCCGAUGGUGAAUUAUUUAAAAGUUCGCUACAAAUCGAGAAAUUAUAUUAAAUAGUGAUCCAUUCUGACUGCUACAUUUGUCAUCACACAGGAUCAGGUGCUGACUCAGACCAAUCAGGGACCAUAAAGCUACGAGCAGGCUCUCUCAGGCAGGAUGAAAACGACUACAUCGACCAUGAUCCUUCGCUAGUUACUGCCACUUUCACCAUGAUCCUUAGUGAUUCUUUGGCGCCAUUCAGCAAUAUGGUCCGCUUCAAAUUCAAAUCAUUCCAUGCGCCAUCGGGAGCUUUCAUAGGAACACGUGGAUGACGUCAGCGCUAUCACCAUCUACUGGUUUUAAUGUCUAUGGUUUCCUGGGCAAGGAUACUUUGGUGUAGCUGGAGUGGGACUGGUCCCAGUAUCCACUGUACGCUCAGCAAGGAGACAAUGACAUG